CUCUCCUUUCAUUCGUGGGUAUAAUGUGAAGACAUGAGGUGGGUGUGUGUUGCUCUGAGCCAUAAGCACAGAGCAUGCAGAUAGAAGUGUUUGUGUGUCUGUGAGUUCGAGAGAGACAGGCAGGUUACGCUCCGUGAAGUGAAACCAAUCUCUAGGAGGAAGCAUCUUAAGUAAUGACUUUCCACACCCAGAAAAAUAGCUGAUGAGGAACUUUAACACAACGUCUGUAAGUGGAAUGAGACCGCCAUCCACGGAAGGCCCUGAAGUAAAGGUAUUGGCAGCUGUUUCAAAGUAUCUGCAUUAGAAUAGACGUCAAAAUAGGAAGAGCGAAGAGCAAGCACAGGAGAAAGAGGCAGUGGGGAGGAGAGCAGCAGCCGAAGGCAAGUCUUUCGUUCAGGGUUAAGCCUGUUAGUUAUCUUACUGAAGGCUUCCUGCGUCAGCACCAUGGGAAAAUCAGCCUCGAAGCAGUUUUCCGAGGAGGUGCUGCAAUGCCAUAAUGAGUUCAGGAGGAAACACCAGGCUCCUCCAAUGAAGCUGAGCAGCAAGUUAAGCAGAGAAGCUACCCGUUAUGCUGAAAGUCUGGCCAGUACCCGGAUAUUGAAACACAGUGUGGAGUCCAGUAGAGGGAGCUGUGGAGAAAACCUUGCGUGGGCCUCCUAUGACCAAUCAGGAAAGGAUGUUGCAGACCGCUGGUAUGACGAAGUGAAACAGUACAACUUCAACCGCCCUGGAUUCUCCUCUGCCACUGGCCAUUUCACAGCCAUGGUGUGGAAGAGCAGUAACAAGCUGGGGGUCGGCAAAGCCACUGCAUCAGACGGUUCUUCCUUCGUGGUGGCCCGAUACUUCCCCGCUGGAAAUAUUACUAACCAGGGACACUUUGAGAACAACGUCCUCCCGGCUAAAACCCCCACCUAACAAAGUAUAGAUUCACAACCCCGACUGCAGAGUGAGCACUGCUACAAAUACUCAGGAGAGCACCACCAUAGAAGAGAUCCAUUCUACCAUCUUGAAUGGAUUUUUGAAUGAUGAAAUUCCCUCUGGUUUAAAGGUCAUGUUUUUUUGUUUUUUUUCAAAAGGAACCUGUGUGCGCUGUAGUUUAGCAUAAAAGAAGCACUAUUGUUUGACGUUGCUAACAAAACAUUUUCAGUGACCAUUUGAAUAGUUUAUUUGGUCAUUUACUUUUGCCUGUGACCAUAUUUAAUUAAUCAAUGCCAAUACCUUUUUUUAAUAUAUUUUUACAUACUGAAAUACUUCAGUCUGUAUUUAUGGAAGAAUGAGAGUUAAGUCAGUUAAAGGGACAGGCUUUACUUGUAUUUGCAUAUAAGUGAAAGCUGAUGAAUCAACAUUCUUGAUAUUGGUUUGUGUUCUUGCCAAAACUUGUCAGAGCAGAUCCCUGUAGCCUGAAUAUGUGUUUUAUGUUCUAAUCCGUUUUGUACAAUAAAGUUUGACAGAUUGUCAGAAAAUGCAUUUGGCAUCUGUCUGAGCAUG